GGAGCAAACGCCCCGCCGGCGUCGAACGCCCGCCCGUGAAUCCCUGGAGUUGUUGUGGUGGGUGUAUUUACUUUUAUCAGCUGAUGAGGAUGUCGUAGUAGGACCUAAGACAAAUAUGUCUGUGUUUGAAGUGAAGAGAGAGGAUAAAUUAGCGACGGACGACACGAAACCGCUGAGGUGUAAUAUACGAGACGCGCAGAACGCCGACGGCCACAUAGAAUAUUCACUGGAAGUCUUCCGGGCACCAGACAUUGAAACAAGAUGGACAGUAAGUCACCGAUAUUCAGAUUUUGCUCAGCUUCAUGCUUUGCUAAAAGCUGGCACGGCUCCCCUGCCGUCGCUUCCACCAAAAAGAGUCUUUGGGAACACAGACAGGGACUUCAUAAAUGAAAGAAAAGCUGCCCUGCAGAAAUACAUCAAUAAGAUUCUGUCUGAUGAACUUCUGGCUGGUUCAUUACCUGUGAGGCAGUUCUUAGACCCCAAAAGCUACAGUAGAAAUUUCCAAGAGGAAGGUCGACAAAACAUACAAAUAGUUCUUAGAUCUGGAGGCAGUCAUGAAGUCACAGAGCCCCUUCCCUCCAUAGGCACUCGUUUGUGCAAGUCAUAUUUCUUAGGCAAUCCUCUUCGUGAUACAAAGACUCACCAUGUGCUGUGGUGGGCUCCUUUUGGUCCUGACAGAGCCACAAAUCUCCGAGACACACAUGCUACUCUAACAGCUCUUUUACAGUGUCAGCAUCCUUACAUAAUUCCUGCUGUCAGCAGCAUUGCAACAGAAGCUGGUGUAUGUGUAAUACGCCCUUGGUUUUCUCAGGGAACAGUUCGUGAUAUGAUACACCAAGCAAAACCAAGGUCAUCUAUUUUAGCAAAGUAUUUUAGUGAUAAACACACACACAUUUCUCAGAAGGAAGUAGCAGUAUAUGGGCGUCAGAUCCUUGAGGCUUUACUGUUUCUUAAUGAAAAAGGCCUAGGACAUGGACAUCUACACACUGGAAACCUGGUCAUCGAUAAACAUGUCUGUAGGCUCAUUGACCUUGAAAAUCAGGUGGUUGGGCUUCCAAAUGCCCUGCGAGACCACAUGACUUACCACAGAAAAAUCAAUAGCAUGGAAGCACUCGACGUAUAUUGCUUCGGCCAUGUCUUGUACGAAAUGAUGUUUCUAAAACGCCUUUCCACCAGUACUUGUGAUGAGUAUCCUGCAGAUUGUCCUCCAUUACCUAGAUCUGUGUUAGAGAGUAUAUUAAGUACAGAAGCUUGUAAAAAUGGUCUUCCUACUGUAGCUGGACUACUUACUCAUCCAUUUUUUAAUCAGAUCCCUCUCCAUAGUUAUGAGAAACCUAGUCUUCGCCUUCCCUCCUCAGUCAAGCAAGCAAUUGUAUCAAUACAUGAAACCACAUUCACAAGACUAGCAGCAGAUCAGAAGAAAAUCCGCCAGCAGCGAAAGUUAUCCAAAGCUGAAGCUUUUAUUUCCCAGAAUUCCACAAAGAAUCGGUCAAAGAAGAAUGUACACGAGACAAAUGGCGUAUGCUCACCUGAAACUGCGUCUACUAAUGAUAGUUCCCGUGGCCAGUCUAGUAAUACUCUUUCCACAGCCACUACUCCAGUACCUUCCAUUCCUACUUCAUCCCUAACAACCCCUGUUCCUCCCUCACCACCACCUCCCCCACCUCCUCCUCCUCCUCCACCACCACCACCCCAACCCCCCACUGCCUCAAUUCCUCCAGUCCCCCCACCAUUAGAACUGCCAGGACCGUCAUCUUCAUGCACUCCUAAUUCCAAGGACCUUGGCAAGGAACGUACAGCGCUGCUUUCGUCCAUCUCUUCAUUCAAGAAGAACAACUUGAAGAAAGCGGAAUGUAAUGAUCGAAGUGUGCCACGUAUAUAGAUGUGUGUAAGGUUGUACAUUCUCUUACUAACGAUGAAGAUUGCUGGAAAUGUUUUCCUGCUGUGUAGCUCAGAGUUGGACUAGUUGAAAGUUAAAAUUGAUAUUCUUUAAGUAAUCCAUUGAAUUGAAUUUUACUUUUUUUUCCAGUUAUCACCAUUUAAAAUACUUUUGCCUACUAUUUUACUACUCAGUAAGCUUAGUUGUACAGUAUAGGAAGUGUGGUAUCCAUCUGUCAAAAUGUGAAUUAGCUUGAGUUUGUUUAUUUUAGAAAAAAGGGGAAACUUUCAGUGAUCUGUGGAGCUUCUGAAGCCUAAUAGAAAAGAUGGGAAGUAUGUAUUGUAAUUACAAAAAUCAUUAGAUUUUGUAGGCAAUUAUUUGAAACCUGAUUUUCCGGUGUCAGUUGGUAGCCUGAUUUAAAAAAAUUGCUAUUGCAUGUGGUAAAUGAUUAUUUUUGGUAUAGCUUGUAAAAACCUGGGAGACUUUGUAAUUUUCCUGUUUAUGUGAAAUUGAUUUUAAAUUUUCUUUCAUCGUUGAUAGUGGACGUUUCUCAGGUUUUCCUAUUAUGACAAAUCUUGAUCAUUACCCUCCAAACAUUAGUCAAUGUCUGUGCUAUACAGUAGGAAUGGGUAAUUAUCCACUAUACUAUAUUUUGUAUAGAUAUAUAAAGGCUCUGAUUAUUUAUCAUGGAAAUGAAAAUUCCAUUUAAAUAUGUCUAGCUUUAGAACUUGGAAGACUUUUACAGAAAUUCCACUUGUUGAUUGAUUUCCAAAAUUCCACUUGUUGGAAUAAUUCUGCAAAGUGGAAUGUUCACUUUCCAGCAGUGUCAUUUUAUUUUUAAUUUUGGAGCUAGACAACACAUUUCAUAUGUAACGGUUAGUUAGACCCCUUAGGAGACGUGAUUAAAAAGUGGCUAUUGAUAUAUUUCUACUAAUGCUAAUAGGUUUUACAAUUUUUAUAUGCUCAGAACAAUCUGUCACAAAAUAUAUUUUGAUAUCAUAGCUUAUUCAUUUCUCAGUUUUAUUUCUGAGUCUGCUACGUUUAAGUGCAUGGCCAAAAGGAUUAAGUAUAUUAUGUAGGUGAAGGUCACGGAAUUAAUUUUGUGCUCAAAACCAGAAGUUAAAAAAGGACUGGUUGUGAUGAUAAGUUGUAAGGAAACUAAACUUGACAAUUGUAUCUAGUCAUAUAUGGAAUUAUCAACCAGUCUGAUGCUGUUCCUUUAUGAUUAAUUAAACCUUUAUUUGUGAUACGAAAAAGUGAUUCUACUGAUAGUUGUAUAAUUAGUUGUGAAUUUUUUUUCCACAAAAAAUAUUUUUUGUUCAAGUCAUAUAUUUUGUUAUGAUAGAUUUCUAAUAUUCUUUUGAAAUAUUAUUUUGCUAUGAAAGAUUUGUUAUUGAUAGACUAUAUAGUACAUAUAUAUGAUUAUCUGUUUAAGUACAUUCAACCAAAUAUGCAUUUGUCAUAAUUUUUUGAUGCAUUAAAGGAAUGUGGAAACUGA